AUGCGCUCUGGCUCGACUCGUGAUGUUCACCCGAGCAACUCCCCACCCCCUUGGUUCUGCCAAUUGAAGCCGUCGAACCAGAUCGAACACCGUCAUCCAUCCGGCCUUCCAUCCGAGCUAAAGUGGUGGAAGCCAGUUGAACGUCGAGCGUCUGCCCGGCACCUCUAUCACGCACGCCCGUCUGCCCCAUCUACACUACCAUCAAACAAUUCCCCACGCCUACAACCUCAUCGACGCUCUUCUCCAGCCCCCUACCACCAUCAGGGGGGCCUCUACACCACGUACGGCGCGAACCAGGCGCCGGAUAAGAGUGGGCCGCGUCGGCGUGGUCGUGUGGACAAAAAUUGGCACAUUUGCGCAAAGCGGUUGGCGACUUGGCGCUGGUGGCGACCAGCGACGUCGCAGAAUACAGUCGUCACACUUUUCUCGAGAAACAUGGCUCGUACCAAGCAGACCGCCCGCAAGUCCGCCACCGGUGCCAAGGCACCGCGCAAGUCGCUCGCCACCAAGGCCGCCCGCAAGUCGGCGCCGGCCACCGGCGGCGUCAAGAAGGCCCACCGCUACCGCCCGGGUACCGUCGCCCUCCGUGAGAUCCGGAAGUACCAGAAGUCGACCGAGCUCCUCAUCCGGCGCCUGCCCUUCCAGCGCCUUGUCCGUGAGCUCGCCCAGGAGUUCAAGGCCGAUCUGCGCUUCCAGUCCUCCGCCAUUGCCGCCCUCCAGGAGGCUACCGAGGCCUACCUUGUUUCCAUCUUUGAGGACACCAACCUCUGCGCCAUCCAUGCCAAGCGUGUGACCAUCAUGGUCAAGGACCUCUCCCUGGCCCGGCGCAUUCUGGACGCGCUCACAGCCCACCUUGUGACCGCAACCCAGACACCUGGUCUUGAGCCUGAUGACCUCGUCCUCCUCGAGUCGCUCCUCUCGCCCAUGCUCGACGCCCUCGACUCGUCGCUCAAUGCCUCGCUUGCCGCUCCGGCGCUCCAUGCCCUCGCCUCUGCUGCAGAGCUUGGCUUUAUCCCGCUCUCACUCGUCCAUUCAUCGCUUCUCACGCCGCCAUUGCCUUGGCGCCCCUCGCCGCAAGCCACUUCUAUCGAUGCUGCCGCCCUCGAGGCUGAGAACGCUGCCCUGGCCGAGUCGCUCGAGAUGGCGCUUGACAAUCUGGAGGCCGGGACGGUCGAGCACACUCGCCUUGAGCACAUGCCUCCUGCUCCGGCGCUUCGUCCUGUGGGGCUCUUUGCUGCGGCCAAUGCUGAUGGCACCUGCUCCGCCCGCCACCUCAGUCCUUCAUCCGCUCGGCACACAUCUCGCCGCCAGGUGCCGCCACUGAGGCGGACGGCGGUGGUUGCGCCGAUGGAUGGCCAGCCCGCCAGCCCGCCGCGUGUCAUUGCCAGUCCGCCGCCAUCGGCGCCGCUCCCGCCGCCGCCACUUGGUUAUGCGCCUGCCGGGCACGAUCUCGUCCUCGAUCGCGCGCUGUCAGCAAGCGAUCGCGCCGCGCUCCGGCACACGCCGCGGCCGGCUGCCAUCUUUGACAGCGCCGGAGCCGCGGCCUCGCUGCACGCCGCACGACGGACGCGGACACAGUCUGCCGCCAUUGCUGCCGGGCAGGCUGCGCGACUCCGCCACGAUCUUGUUCAUGCCACGAUGCACCGUAAGGCCACGCUGAGCCCAUACCAGCGGUUUGUCGUCGCGUCGGCGCGGUCGCGCAUUGUCCCGCCGUCGUCGCGGAGCCGUCCAGUCCCGCGGCGUCCAGCGCCGCCUAUCUUUGAGCGGCGUGCUGUGGUGUUUGAUGUUUGAUGUGUGAUGCGUAAGCACUAGGUUCUUGCUGACUCGACUGGUUGCUGCCUACGCGUUGGGAUCGACCUCUCCGCGUCCGAGGCGGACGUUGUAGACGUGCUUGACCGAGUCGACGAACCACGAGAAGAUGGCCGGGUCUGUCCGGACAAUGCCCUUUGCGGCGAUGUACGCGUUGGCAAACAUCUUGCGCUCGGUCUCCUCGCCGACAAACGGGAUGUCAAACAUCUUGUUGAACGAGGAGACGACGCUGGUCUUGAGCUCGGCGGAAAAGAUGUUAGGCACGAGGUCGUCGGCGAUCUUAGACGGGAGAUGGACGACGUAAGAGAGGGCUGUCAUGGGGAUCAAGCGCCCGACGGCAGACAUAAGCGUGUAGUAGAGCUUCUUCUCCUGCUCAUGGUUGAGGAACGGGAGAUUGAUGCCGUUGAGCAUCGUCUGCAUCAUCUUGAGCUUGAGCGGCCCGUGGAAGAGCUCGCCAUCCUCAUCGGGGCUCCGCGGUGCACUCUCGCCCUGGGCCAGGAUCGGAAGCUCGACCGGGAUCUCGUCCUCGGGCACCACCGUCGCCGUAAACUUGAGCGUGACAUGGA